AUGUCAGCCAGAAAGGGCUAUCUUCAUCCUCCGUCACAUUAUACCCCGACGAUGACAUGCCCCAACAACCAAGCUGGGAAUUCGUUUUUCGUGGACUCUCUGAUCAACGUGAGAACCGACAGCGGUUCAUAUUACCAGAGUAACGGGGUGUAUCUGCCACCGGCCACGGAAUACUCCUAUGGACUCUCCGGUGGCUCCUGCUUCCUCGGUAAGCGCAACGAGCCGAGCACCCAAAGCCUGAUCCCGUCCUCUGCUCCAUAUGUCCAAGGGAUGGAAACGUGGCUGGAAACGUCCAGAUCCUGCAGGGUGGACCAGCCACACAUGGCUCAGUGUUCCUUCUCACCGAAUAUAAAAGAGGAGAGCGCUUAUUGCCUCUAUGAGUCUGACAAAUGUCCCAAAGGAGCGACGGUGGAUGACGUUUCCUACCCGGUUACCGGCAGCUCCCUGCCUGUCCCCGGAUACUUCCGUCUGUCUCAGACAUAUGCAUCCUCCAGGCUUUACCAUCAUGAUGUCCAGCCAAACGUCAAUCACUUUACUCUGCAACGACCUGCCCGUUUGGACAGCCAGACCUCUGCAGAGCCGCAGAGGAGGGAGAACCAGGAGGAGAACCAGGAGGAGAACCAGGAGGAGAACCAGGAGGAGAACCCUGUCCCUGCGUCCUGCGUCCCGGCCAGAGAGGAGGACAGCCGGCUCUCCUCGGAGGGCUCGUCCUCCCCGGAGCCUGCUGAGACGAGCAGUGCGGACUGUCCGGAACAGCCAGUCAAAGGAGAUGGAAAAAUGGAAAGUACGGCCAACUGGCUCACAGCUAAGAGUGGCCGAAAGAAGCGCUGCCCUUACACCAAGCACCAGACUCUGGAGCUGGAGAAGGAGUUUCUCUUCAACAUGUAUUUGACUAGAGAGCGUCGUCUGGAGAUCAGCCGCGGUGUGCACCUCACUGACAGGCAAGUCAAAAUCUGGUUCCAAAACAGGAGGAUGAAACUGAAAAAAAUGAGCCGAGAGAAUCGGAUCCGAGAGCUCUCCGGCAACUUCAGUUUCUCUUGA